UGAUGUGAAGGUAAGAGCUGAGAGAGUGGAGCUGCUGCACUGUCUGUAACAGCAACUACAACACUGGAACAAAUAGUGAAUGGUAGUGUCUAGAAAGGGUAUGUCCCUUCAGGAGAGAGGUGCCAAUGUCCAACCGGCCUAAUUCCAAUCCAGGGGGGUCACUGCGACGUUCACAGAGGAACACUGCUGCGGCCCAGCCACAAGACCACGCUGUCGCAGGAAGGUUGCAGUCAGAGCAGGUAAAACAAAAAGCAAAUUCCAUUCCUGAAAGUAGAAGACCUAUAUCUAAGGCUUCAAAAGCCCAACCCAGCUCAGCCCCUGGGCAGUCCAGAGGGCACAGCUCAAAAAGAAGCGGCCUUUCACUGUCGGUGGCUUCAUUUGUGCUGCGAGACGACCCAGACGCCGCAGGGACAUCCGAACGAGAUAGGCCAGGCCCGACGUCCAAGAGGGAGGGCAUCAGAGGGUUCAAGCGUAGUUCAGCUCCAGAACAUAACAGCUCCUACUCUCCCAGCCCCGCCAAAAAACCCAAAGCCCCUCAGCCCCCCCAGAGCUCCUCUGAGCCCAAGAGGGGUCCACCCGAGCCCAAGAGGGGUCCAGCUAAGUCCAAGAAAAGACGGCUGGCACCGGAGCAACCAGCUUCCAGCAGCAGAGUCCAGGGCAGGAAGAGUGGAGCCGCUGGGGGGUCCCCACCCCAGAAAGGGAGAAAGACUGACUCGUCCACCAGUGUGAGCAGCACAGCAGGGUCCCUCCUCACCCGCACCGAGGGCAGGUCCGCAAAACCCACCAAGCUGGCUUCUAAAUCGGCCGCCUCAGCCAAAGCUGGGUGCAGCACUGUGACGGACACCUCCUCUUCUGCCUCCACAUCCUCGUCCUCCUCCUCCUCCACUGCGGCCCCCUCGGGCGCGCGGGUCAAGCAGGGCAAAGACCAGAGCAAGGCGCGGCGCUCCCGCUCCGCCUCCAGCCCCAGUCCCCGACGCAGUGGCCGAGACAAGGAGCAGGCCAAGGUCGCCGGCUCCUCAAAGUUCGAGUGGGCAGCUCGCUUCAGCCCCAAAGUCAACCUGCCAAAGCCAAAACUGUCCCUGCCCGGGUCCUCCAAGGCCGACACCUCCAAACCAGGCCCCUCAGGACUACAGGCUAAACUAGCAAGUUUGAGGAAGUCCACUAAGAAGCGCAGCGAGUCCCCACCGGCAGAGCUCCCCAGCUUUCGGCGGAGCACACGGCAGAAGACCACGGGCUCGUGCGCUAGUACCAGUCGGCGAGGCUCUGGCCUGGGCAAGCGCGGGGCAGCCGACACUCGCCGCCAGGAGAAAAUGGCCGACUCGGACAACAACCAGGACGGAGCCAACUCCUCUACCGCACGCACCGAUGAGGCACCACAGGGAGCGUCAGCCUCCAGUUCUGUGGCCGGAGCAGUGGGGAUGACCACGUCUGGGGAGAGUGAAUCGGAUGAUUCUGAAAUGGGCAGGCUACAAGCUCUCCUGGAGGCCAGGGGCCUCCCUCCUCACCUCUUUGGGCCCCUGGGACCCCGCAUGUCUCAGCUGUUCCAUAGGACCAUUGGGAGUGGUGCCAGCUCCAAGGCUCAGCAGUUGCUGCAGGGUCUCCAGGCCACAGGGGACGAGUCGCAGCAGCUCCAGGCCGCCAUAGAGAUGUGCCAGCUGCUGGUGAUGGGCAACGAGGAGACGCUGGGGGGCUUCCCUGUGAAGAGUGUGGUGCCCGCACUGAUCACCCUGCUGCAGAUGGAGCAUAACUUUGACAUUAUGAACCACGCCUCACGCGCUCUCACCUACAUGAUGGAGGCGCUGCCGAGGUCCUCUGCCGUCGUCGUGGACGCCAUUCCUGUCUUCCUGGAAAAGCUUCAGGUGAUCCAGUUCAUUGACGUUGCGGAGCAAGCAUUGACUGCCCUUGAGAUGUUGUCACGGCGACACAGCAAAGCCAUCCUGCAGGCAGGUGGGUUGGCAGACUGCCUGCUCUACCUGGAGUUCUUCAGUAUCAAUGCCCAGCGGAAUGCCCUCGCCAUCGCUGCCAACUGCUGUCAGAGCAUCACGCCUGACGAGUUCCACUUUGUGUCUGACUCACUGCCCCUGCUGACACAGAGACUCACGCACCAGGAUAAGAAAUCCGUCGAAAGCACCUGCCUCUGUUUUGCCAGACUUGUGGACAAUUUCCAGCAUGAAGAGAACCUGCUGCAGCAGGUGGCGUCCCGGGACCUGCUGACGAACAUCCAGCAGCUGCUGGUGGUGACACCGCCAGUGCUGAGCUCUGGAAUGUUCAUCAUGGUGGUGCGCAUGCUGUCCCUCAUGUGCUCCAACUGCCCCUGCCUGGCUGUGCAGCUCAUGAAGCAGAAUAUUGCAGAGACCCUUCGUUUCCUCCUGUGUGGUGCUUCGAGUGGCAGCUGUCAGGAGCAGAUUGAUUUGGUUCCCAGGAGCCCCCAGGAGCUCUACGAGCUGACAUCCCUCAUCUGUGAACUGAUGCCCUGCCUGCCACGAGAGGGCAUCUUUGCAGUUGAUGCCAUGCUGAAGAAGGGAAGUGCCCAAACCAGUGAGGGGGCCAUCUGGCAGUGGAGAGAUGACCGUGGCCUGUGGCACCCCUACAAUCGCAUUGACAGUCGCAUCAUUGAGACUGCACAUCAGAAUGGUGAGGACGAGAUCAGCCUGUCCACACUGGGACGCGUCUACACCAUUGACUUCAACUCUAUGCAGCAGAUCAAUGAGGACACAGGAACCGCGCGAGGCAUUCAGCGCAAGCCAAACCCCAUGGCGAAUCCUAACUCUGGCGGGCACGUGGAGGUGAAGAGGGAGGAUGCGCGGGCGCAGCUGAUGAAGGAUGACCCGGAGCUGGCCCGCUGCUUCAUAAAGACGCUGUUCGGGGUCCUGUACGAGGUGUACAGCUCCUCCGCUGGCCCGGCCGUCAGACACAAGUGCCUUAGAGCCAUCCUGAGGAUCAUCUACUUCGCUGACGCCGAGCUGCUGAAGGACGUGCUGAAGAACCACGCCGUGUCCAGUCACAUCGCUUCCAUGCUGUCUAGUCAGGACCUGAGGAUUGUAGUGGGAGCUCUACAGAUGGCAGAGAUACUGAUGCAGAAACUGUCGGAUGUUUUCAGUGUCUAUUUCAGAAGAGAAGGUGUGAUGCACCAGGUGAAGAACCUAGCCGAGUCAGAGACUCUCCUCACCAGCCCCCCUAAGGCCUGCACGAGUGGGACAGCCAGUCUCUGCACCACAACCAUUAGUACAGUGACUACAACUGCGGCAACCAACGCUACGCCUGACCUGGGCUCUCCCAGCUUCCAGCACAGCAUGGACGACUCGCUGGACCUGAGCCCACAAGGGCGACUGAGUGACGUGCUGAAGAGAAAACGACUUCCCAAACGAGGGCCUAGAAGGCCAAAGUACUCCCCGCCGAGGGACGAUGACAAAGUUGACAAUCAGGCUAAGAGUCCCACCACCACUCAGUCUCCCAAGUCCUCCUUCCUGGCAAGUCUGAACCCCAAAACCUGGGGCAAACUGGGUGCUCAGACCAACAGUGCUAACUCUGAGCCCUCCCGCACAGCGGGUGUGAGUGGCCUGGCACGCGCUCCACCCAAGGACUCCGUCUCCAACAACAGAGACAAGAUCAAGGCCUGGAUCAAAGAGCAGGCCAGUAAAUUUGUGGAGCGUUACUUCAACUCUGAGAACGUUGAUGGUAGUAACCCUGCGCUGAAUGUACUACAAAGGCUUUGCACUGCUACAGAACAGCUCCACCUACAGGUGGAUGGUGGGAUCGAGUGCCUUGUUGAGAUCUGCAGUAUCGUCUCCGAGUCGGACGUCUCCUCAUUUGAGAUACAGCACAGUGGGUUGGUCAGACAGCUGCUCCUAUACCUGACCUCCAGCAGUGACAGGGACGUUGUGAGCCGGGAUGUGCGGCUCAAAAGGUUCCUGCAUGUCUUCUUUGGCUGCCCGUUGCCGGGGAUGGAGCCUGAGGGGCGCCUGGAACCCUCUGAGAGUGGCCCCCUGCUGGCGCUGGUGCACAAGAUGAACAACUGCCUGAGCCAGAUGGAGCAGUUCCCUGUUAAAGUUCAUGACUUUCCCAGCGGCAAUGGGACAGGGAGCAGAGGGUCCCAGGCUCUGAAGUUCUUCAACACUCACCAGCUCAAGUGCCAGCUGCAAAGGCACCCAGACUGUACCAACGUCAAGCAGUGGAAAGGGGGUCCCGUCAAGAUUGACCCUUUGGCGUUGGUACAGGCCAUCGAGAGAUACCUGGUCGUCAGAGGCUAUGGGCGAAUUCGAGAGGAAGAUGAAGACAGUGACGAUGAUGGAUCAGACGACGAAAUCGACGAGUCGCUGGCGGCACAGUUUCUGAACUCAGGCAGCGUGAGGCAUAGGCUUCAGUUCUACAUGGGCGAGCACCUGCUGCCCUACAAUAUGACGGUGUAUCAGGCUGUGCGACAGUUCAGCCUGCAGGCCGAAGAAGAGCGAGAGUCCACUGAUGACGAGGCCAACCCGCUCGGGCGGGCCGGCAUCUGGACUAAGACCCACACCAUAUGGUAUAAGCCGGUGAGAGAGGAUGAGGAUGGCACUAAGGAUGUAGUGGGUGGAAAGAGGGGCCGCGCGCAGACUGCCCCCACCAAAACCUCGCCCCGCAAUGCCAAGAAACACGAUGAGCUGUGGCACGAUGGCGUAUGCCCCAGCGUCACCAACCCCUUAGAGAUGUACCUCACUUCGGAGCCGCCGGAGACAAUGACGUUUGAUGACCCCUCCAGGGAUGUCAACCUGCUGCUCAGGGUCCUCCACUCCAUCAGCAGAUAUUGGUUCUACUUAUAUGACAAUGCUGUAUGUAAGGAGAUUAUCCCCACCAGCGAAUUCAUCAACAGUAAACUGACCGCUAAGGCUAACCGACAGCUGCAGGACCCUCUGGUCAUCAUGACCGGGAACAUCCCCUGCUGGCUGACCGAACUCGGCAAGACCUGUCCCUUUUUCUUCCCCUUCGACACACGACAGAUGCUCUUCUACGUGACUGCGUUCGACCGUGACCGUGCCAUGCAGCGGCUACUGGACACCAACCCCGAGAUCAACCAGUCCGACUCCCAGGACAGCCGAGUAGCACCCCGCCUCGACAGGAAGAAGCGCACUAUAAACCGGGAGGAGCUUCUGAAGCAGGCAGAGUCAGUCAUGCAGGACCUGGGCAGCUCCAGGGCCAUGCUGGAGAUCCAGUACGAGAAUGAGGUUGGCACAGGGCUGGGCCCAACUCUGGAGUUUUAUGCACUUGUAUCUCAGGAGCUGCAGCGGGCUGACCUGGGUCUGUGGAGGGGGGAGGAAGUCACCCUGUCAAACCCUAAAGGAAGCCAAGAAGGGACCAGGUAUAUGUUCAGCUCAAGGGGCCUGUUUGCGGUUCCUUUCGGCAGGACGACCAAACCAGCGCACAUUGCCAAGGUGAAGAUGAAGUUCCGCUUCCUGGGCAAGCUGAUGGCCAAAGCCAUCAUGGACUUCAGACUGCUCGACCUGCCCCUGGGGCUGCCCUUCUACAAGUGGAUGCUGCGUCAUGAAGCGUCCAUUAGCUCCCACGACCUGGUGAACAUCGACCCUGCUGUGGCCAAGUCCAUCCAGCACCUGGAGGACAUCAUUCGGCAGAAGAAGCAGCUGGAGCAGGACAGGUCCCAUACGCGGGAGACGCUGCAGCAGGCUCUGGAGGGCCUCAACAUGAACGGCUGCUCUGUGGAGGACCUGGGGCUGGACUUCACGCUGCCCGGGUUCCCCAACAUCGAGUUGAAGAAGGGGGGCAAGGACGUCCCUGUAACCAUCCACAACCUGGAGGAGUACCUGAGGUUGGUGGUGUACUGGACGCUGAAUGAGGGCGUGUCCCGGCAGUUUGAGUCAUUUCGGGAAGGGUUUGAAUCAGUCUUCCCUCUUCACCACCUGCAGUAUUUCUACCCUGAAGAGCUGGAUCAGCUGCUGUGUGGUAGCAAGUCUGAGACCUGGGAUGUCAAGACGCUGAUGGAGUGCUGUAGGCCCGACCACGGCUACACGCACGACAGUCGGGCGGUGAGAUUCCUGUUUGAGGUGCUCAGUAGUUUCGAUGCGGAGCAGCAGAGGUUGUUCCUGCAGUUUGUCACAGGGAGCCCCAGACUACCUGUUGGAGGUUUCCGGAGUCUGAACCCGCCUCUGACCAUCGUGCGCAAGACGUUCGAGUCGACAGAAAACCCGGACGACUUCCUGCCGUCGGUCAUGACCUGCGUCAACUACCUGAAGCUGCCGGACUACUCCAGCAUGGAGAUCAUGCGGCAGAAACUGCUGAUCGCGGCCCGUGAGGGACAGCAGUCCUUCCACCUGUCCUGAUCUCACCGGCACGCUCACAUGCCUUCCACAGCAGCAGAGAAAUCACACGUUCCUUUUAGGGUUUAUUAUUAUUUUUUUGUUUUUGUUUUUGUAAUCACCUCCAUCAAGGCAAUGAGUACAGCCUUGUUAGAGAGAGCAGCUUGCAUUAUUGAAAAGACUUGAUAUAUAAAAUAUAUCUGCUGCCCCCUUCUCUCCCACAAACUGAAAGGCAUUACAUGACCGACAAUUCAGAAAUUUGAAGACUAAUCUUUAGUUGAGUAAUGUUUAAAAAAAAAAAAAAAAAAAGAAAAACGAAAAAAUCUGGGUGACAUUUUAAACUUGCAUUGCUGUGUGAUAUUUAAGAAAAGGGAUGUUUCUCUCUCCAGAGUGGUUAGUGAUGUCGCUGGACGUGCUGAGGGAUGCCUCCGUUGAGCAGACCAGGUUCACUUUAGCUCCAAAGAUCAUUUGUACAGACCUGCUCAUUCUUCACGUGUGAGGGGAUUGCUCCACAUUCUCAUGUCCUCCUCUGUUCACUUUGUCCAUUUGCAAUCUGUUUUUGUAUAAAACGCCACCAGUUUGUGUGCUGUAUUUCUGUUAUGCUUACCUUCCCCCCGCCCCCUCCCUGUGUGUUGCUAAAUCUUGUGAAAAAGAAAGUUGUAGUUGGAGGAAUGAGGGUGGUGACCGAAGCGUUAGGAUUUGACCUGAGUUAAAUGAUGUUACCAAGCGCUUCAGCUCUCUGUUGAGGACUAUACCCAGUGAGUUGGAUAAGUAGACUUUUUGCUGAUAAUUUGUUAGAGUAGUGUGACUCUGCUGGACCCUGAGGGACCCGGCGCAAGCAGGGUCCUCAACCCGCUCUGGAAGGAAAGCGUUAGGCUUGGUGAAGCCUGGAACGCUCCAAUCCCAUAUUGUAGCCGAGCACAAAAUUUGGCUGGUCUCAUUUUAUCGGUUCACGGCCAGAUAGCAUUUCAAGUUCAUUUACGAAGUAAAGUUUAUCUGCAGUUUCACACCCAGUCUGAGGUGACAUGGCUGCUUUACCCUUUUUUAAAUUUUUCUAUUGUUUUUUGUUUUUUUUUGUUUUUUUUUCUUGCCGUAGAUUUUUUUUUUUUCCUUUUUUUUUUUUGCACUGCUGGCUUGGAACAAACCGUGGUGUGCACCUGCAGUCUGUGGCCAGGGGAGGGCGCCACUGUAUGCUCUCCUGGCUAGUCGUUCAUGUGCUGGUUUCUAAGAUCUGCAAUAAUUUACUGCAUCAGGUUCAUGUUUUUACCUGAACAUAAAUAAAGUAACUGUUUGACUCAUCUUUGUUCAUUUUUUUUUUAAAUUGCAGUAUUUGUGUGUUUUUCAUUUUCUCACACUGGACAUGUGAGAACAGUGUUAGGGGGACUUGGGAGGAGUGACUGGUCAGUGCUGAGUUAGACUGGUCCGGAGAAACACAGGCCUACCCCAUGUAAACAGCAAUAUUACCUGUGCAGGUGACUCUUCCCUCUCUUUCGACAUUCAUCCCUGCUCUGAUUGAAAUAAAAUGUGUUAAAUAUUACACUAUGAACAGAAAGCAGGCCGUGGUUUGAUAGUGCCAGUUGUACACUUUGUGGGAGGGGGGAUGAGUGUGAAACUGUCAAAUGUGCGACCUGUGGGGAGAGACAGGUAAGGUUCCACAAAGUGAAGCCCAUGCUUCUUGGAAAGGUCCACUGAUGAGGCCGCACAGUGACUGUGACCUGUCUUUUUUUUUUUUUUAACCUUAUUCACGUUUGUUUGCAUGUAGCAGUGGGGAUGGUACCAAAGUAUAGGCCUGUAGACUGAGAAUUUGGAUGCUGCACUGACCCUCCUGUAUUUUGUUCAGAGCCUGAUGAUGAUCGUUUUUGAGUUUCUAUUAGUUCCCAAAUCCGCCAGCUGGGGUCCUAGAGCCUGAAAACCACGGGCAGCAUAUUACUCAUUCUCUUGGCUUGUUGGUCCAGGCUUUUUGAUUUCCCUGGUGUUCCCAUGGCAACUGGCUGAACUUGCAGUGCAGUAACAUCAUGUCAGUCGUAGGAACAAUAACCCAUUAGAAUUGCCCACUGAUGACUACAGUAAACAAAAUGUGGUAGUAAGACACUUGUAGAUUCAUUUAUGGAACAUCACAAUGAAAUGCUGAGCUCAGUCAGUCAUGGGACACACAUACGUAUGGCAUGUACUCUGUGGGGUGGGAUGAUACUACUGUUCCCAUGGUUAUGGGGAAAGGGCCUUUUGUUUUCCAGGUUCUUUUAUUUUAGACCAUUAUGGCUGUGCCGUCAAAUAUGGACAGAAUUGUUUCGGU